UUAAUAAAAAUAAAAAAAUAAAUAAAUGCCAUUCCAGCUCUUGAGUUGAAACAAUUUUUUGAGCACCACAAACACAAGACGAGGAGUGUUCAUAAUAAAAACGAGAGCAGCAAAUCCAGUUCAAUUUCAUAAAUGUUGACUUGAUUGUUAUUUAUGAUUUGUGGACAGAAAGUUUACACUUGAGUGAUUUGAUAUUCAUUUUAUUGCAUUAAGUUUGAAAAGUGAAAAAUAAUGUGCAGAACAAGAACAUGUGACUUGACAUAAUUCUUGCUAUGAGCAUGUUUAUUAAGUUCCAAGACAAAAUGAGAUUUAAAAAAUAAAUAAUUAAUUAUGGUUGAUUAGUGAAGUUAUUUGUAAAUAUAUGAAAAAAAAGUUUAAAGCACAACAAAAUUUUAUGAAGCCUAGAAUAAUUAUAAAUGGCUAAUGUUACACGUCUAUCAAAAAAUAAUAUACCGAGAUGGCAUCUGCUUCUGAUUUUUACAAUUCUGUUUAUUUUCACCAAAUGCAAUGGAAUAUCAUCCAAAUUGCAUUCGACUAAAUUAUCAGACACAUUUCUGCUAAAAGAGUCUGUUGUAAUUCCAUCAAAUAAUGCAGAAGAAGAAGCCAAAAGAUUGUAUAAUGAAGCUCUCAAGCAAUAUGGUGACUUGGGAAAAACACUCAAAGAAAUUUGUGAUCCAUGGAAAGCUAAAGGCUGUACAUGUACUGGAACAUCGGAGGAAGUUUCGCUCAUUUGUCGACACACUCGAUUUACAACCGUUCCACAGAAUCUUCCUGAGGAGAUCAUAAAAUUAGAUUUGGGAAGUAACAACAUAACAGUAUUAAAAAAUCAUUCGUUCACAAUGCUACCGAUGCUAGAGGAAUUAAUAUUGUCAGAUAAUAAAUUACACACAAUAGAAUCUGAUGCCUUUUUGGGUUUGAAAAAUUUGAAGCGCUUGGUGCUACAAGGUUGCGGAUUCACGAGUCUUCCAACUGAAGCAUUAGAGAGUAUCAAAAGUCUAACGUCGUUACAUUUAGACUACAAUGCAAUUGAAACUUUUGAUAACAUUACACUAAGUCAUCUUCAUAGUUUGCAAAAUUUACGUUUAGAAGGAAAUUUAUUGAAACGUGUUCCAACAAAACUUUUAACAAUUGGUUUAUCAGCAACUUUGGAAGCUUUAAAUCUGGCUAAUAAUCGUCUUACUCUACUCGAUGACGAAGAUUUUCCAGUGAUAAAAACUUUGCAAUAUUUGUUCCUCAAACGUAAUCAAAUACGAGAAAUUUCAUCGGGUGUUUUCAGAAAUCUUUCCAAGUUAAAAGUACUAGAUCUAGAUGACAAUAAACUCGAGUCCUUAUCAAGUGGAUUGAAAAAUUUGACCCAGUUACAAGAGCUAACGCUUUCAAAUAAUAAGAUAAUGACCAUCUCACAUGGAAGCUUGCCAUCAAGUCUGUUGACUCUUGAAAUGCGAGCCAAUCCAUUGAAGAACAUCCAUGAAAGUGCCAUAAGAAAUUUAAAGAAAUUGAAAAAGUUAGUUUUAUCGGAUGCUCGCAAUUUGAAUGAAUUGCCAUCGUUUGAGGGUUGCAUUUCCUUGGAAAUACUUCGAGUUGAUCACUCUGACUUGACUCAUAUUCCUGAUAGCUUGUGCACUCACUCGCCACGUUUAAAAACUUUAGAAUUAAAAUUCAACAAGUUGAGACAUGUUCCAAAUUUAAGACAGUGUCACGAAUUGAGGCUAUUGAAUUUGGCAUCAAAUAAAAUUUCGUCCAUUCAUAAUAAGCCAUUUGAGAAUUUAGGUCAACUACAUGAUCUCCUAAUACCGUAUAAUCAAAUUGAGACAAUUCCAUAUGACGCAUUUAACGGCAUGAAAAAAUUGCAGACUUUGAAUCUAGAAGGAAAUAACAUCAAUUUCGUUCACGAAAAAGCUUUCUCAGGCUUCACUCAGUUGGAAGAUUUAAAUCUUGGAAACAACAUCUUUUCCUCAUUACCGACAAGUGGCCUUGAGCGUCUGUUACAUUUGAAAACUUUUAAUAAUCCACGAUUAAGGAUUUUUCCAGCGAUUGAAAAAUUUCCAAGGAUACGAACUCUAAUUUUAUCAUACGCCUACCAUUGCUGUGCAUUCUUACCUUUGCUGACGAGUAACUCGAAGGUUAUCGAAAGUCCUUAUAAAGAAGAAGUAUUUUUUCCAACAGACGAGAAAUUUGACAUGUCUAUGUGGAACAACUCAAUUAAUGAUAUAUGGCCAGACUUAAAUGGAAAUGUUACUAAUGCAUUUCAGUCCCAGAUGAAUGACAUUUUACAGUCAUAUUCUAACCCCUAUGCGGAUUUUGGAUAUCCGAGCAUUACAAAUUUUCCAGACGAGAAUGAACUUUAUAGUGGUGAGGAAUCGAGGAUUCUAAGUGUCUAUGAAUCAAGUCCAACACUAGUGAAAUGUCUACCGACUCCUGGACCUUUCCUACCUUGUGAGGAUUUAUUUGAUUGGUGGACAUUACGAUGUGGUGUCUGGGUUGUAUUUCUAUUAGCAUUAUUAGGCAAUGGAAUCGUUGUAUUUGUAUUAAUAUUUUCACGAUCGAAAAUGGAUGUGCCGAGAUUUUUAGUAUGUAAUCUAGCUGCUGCUGACUUUUUUAUGGGAGUCUAUUUAGGAUUUUUGGCUGUGGUUGAUGCAUCAACAUUAGGUGAAUUUAGGAUGUUUGCUAUACGAUGGCAAAUGAGUGUUGGAUGUCAAUUAAGUGGCUUUUUGGCUGUGCUCUCGUCAGAAUUGUCAGUAUACACAUUAGCAGUAAUUACUUUAGAGAGAAAUUAUGCAAUUACGCAUGCAAUGCACUUGAAUAAGAGAUUAUCUUUACGACAUGCAAGCUACAUUAUGAGUGUCGGCUGGUUAUUUGCCUUGACCAUGGCCGUAUUACCUCUAUUCGGUGUAUCCGAUUAUCGGAAGUAUUCCGUAUGUUUGCCAAUGGAAGUCUAUAAAGGCUACGGGAGUUUAACCUACGUCAUAUUUUUAAUGUUUAUAAAUGGAGUUGCGUUCCUCACAUUGAUGGGAUGCUACUUGAAAAUGUAUUGUGCAAUUCGUGGCUCACAGGCAUGGAAUUCUAAUGACUCAAGGAUUGCUAAACGAAUGGCUUUAUUAGUAUUUACAGACUUUUUAUGUUGGUCACCCAUUGCCUUCUUCUCAAUCGCUGCAGUCCUCGGAUGGCAAUUAAUUACAUUGGAACAAGCAAAAGUUUUUACCGUCUUCAUACUGCCAUUAAACUCAUGCUGUAAUCCAUUUCUCUAUGCGAUUCUUACGAAGCAAUUUAAAAAAGAUUGUGUAAUGUUAUGUAAGGCAAUUGAGGAGUCACGGGUGACUCGUGGUAUUGGGAGGUGUCGCCAUAGUUCCAACUUUUCAAAUCGACAAACGCCAGGCAAUACAAACUCAUUAAAUGAACGAUCAUCUCGAGACGGUGCUCUACCUCCACUACUUCCUGCACACGCUUGUACUUGUAAUCGUGGAAAAGUUAUUGAUCAUGAGGAAGUAAAGCGUCAAUUGAAAAAAGCGCAACCGAGUUUAUUUGCAAGGUUUUGGAAACGCCUAUUUUGUAGUGAUUCUAAAAAUCUCAAUAUACGACGGAAUCAUCGUCAUAUGGAUUAUUCUUAUCACAUUGCUGAAGUACAACAAAAGAAUCAUAAGCGAGCUGGGUCAAUGUCAUCAAGUGAUGGAAAUUUCAGCUCAUCACGUUCUGAUUCGUGGAAGCAUGGAAGUACGCCACAUCAUUGUGGUGUACCAUUAAGAUUAUUAGAUCCAAGACGAAGGCAUACGUCGUGGCUGAUAACACGAAAAACAUCACAAGACUCAAACUUGUCAAGCUCUCGAAAUGAUUCGUCUGGUUCUAAUAAUACAACAGCAACAACUGCGAGUGGAUCAACAUGGAGAAUUUCAAGAUCAAGUGGAUCAAAUAUUGUAAUUCCUGGCUUAAAUAUCCCAACGUUCUCUACUUGUAAUUCUAGUCGUCAAUCAAUAUCAGGCAAUAAGCCGCGUUUAGUACGUCAAUCUGCAUUUCAUGAUGAAUCACAAGAACCGACAUCACCACGUCUUAAUGUCAGAUUCUUACCAACAAUUCCGUCAGCACCAGAUUCGAGUGUUCAGUUGGAAGAUGACGAGAAUCCAGAAAAUGAUCCCGAAAAUCAGGAGGAUUGUGUUCAUUUACAAAUAAUUAAUAAUAUCGAAAAUGAUACAGAAAAUUCCACAAACUCAUCUAGUCCAAAAAUACAGAGCAAGCCACCAUGAAAUAACUUGUAAUUUAGGCUCUCAACAGACAUGAUAAUAAUGAUUAUUUAUUUUUAUAAAGUAUUAGCAUCUCUCUUCCUCUCUCUCCCUCUUUUUGUAAAUUACAAUUUUUUAACGCUUAGAAUAUGUAUAGAGUAUAUGCCUGCCGAUCACGUAUUGGAUAUAUUGAUUGUGACCUCGCGAAUUCUAAUCUAACUCAUGUGAAUUCACUCUUUUAUAAAUGAAAAAUAUAAAGUGUUGUGUAUGACGCAGGCGGUCAUCCAUUAAUGACGUCAUGAAUUUCUAGGAAGGGAUUGCUGUUUGACAGUUUAAAAAAAGUAUUUAAGGGUCUGAAAAAUUUGGUUGACGUCAUUUAUGCACGACCUCCAAGGGAAAAAAGCAUUCACUAUUGACUAUUGCUUUCGAUAAGAAUACAAAACAAAAUGUUAAUUACUGUCAAGUCCUCAAAAAAAAAAGUAUAUAUACUAAAAUUAUAUUAUUAUAUAAAAAGUGAUAUGAAAACUAUAAUUUUUACAAAUAAACGAAACUGUGUGUCGAAAACAUGUUAAUGAUGUUAAAUAGAAUCAAUAAAGUCGCGUUGAGUAUGACAAAGCUCAUUGCCAAUGAACAAAUGUGCAG